AUGUCAGAGCCUUUGGAUAGAGACAAUGAGCUCUCUGGUGAAUUGCAGGAAUCGGAUCGGUACUUUUUGGAGCAAAGAGAUCUUGUUGUACAGGACAUUAAUCAAACUUUGGACUCUAUUUUGAACAACUUGAACGGUUUGAACAUAUCUUUGGAGAAUUUCAUAGCUGUUGGUAAAGAGUUUGAGAGUGUUUCGGAGUUGUGGAAGACGUUUUAUGCUGGAUUGAGUGGUACUGAUGGUUCGGCAGCCCCAGCGAAAGAUAUCGAGGAAACCGGGAGCAAUGCGGAUUGA